AUGGUGGGAUGGAUACAUUGAAAGGUAGGCAUGAAUGUUUUGGGAAGAGUCCUCAUUAAGGGAAGUGAGAUCAUGGCUUCAAAUAGGAAUCCGGGCUGCAUAUAGAAAAAGGAGAUCACGGCUGAAUGGAAGAGGGGGAAAAGGAGAUUUAUAUUGUUAAAAAUAAAAAGGAAAGAGAGGGAAGGUGAUUCUGGACUUGAAGGGAGAGCAGAUUCGGUGAUGAAGUGGGCUAGUUUUGAGAGGAGAAAAGGGAAGAGAGGAGAUUCGGAGAUCUUCUUGAGGAAAAAGCACAAAGGAAUUGGAGAAGAGAGCAAUUGCAACCAAGGCUGCCCAGGUAGGAAAGCUUGAAGAAUGAAAACAAGGGAAAACAGGGGAGAAAAGCCAAGACACAGCAAAAUUCGCAUCACCCAAUUCUCUGGUGUGAAAUUCGCACCACCCUACCCCUUUGUGCGAAAUCACUUUUGUGAGCAUUUUCCAAAAGCAUGCUCUCGGUCCCUACCCAAAAUCUCAGUGCGAAAAUGCACAGGAAUGCGAACCUUGUGCGAAAUUGCCUUUAUGACCAUUUUCCAAAAAAAAAAUGCUCUCUGUCUUGGAGAACCACAGGAAUGCGAAAAUUUCGUACUUCACUAUUCACCUUGUGCGAAAUUCACACUUGUUCUUUAAAAGCCAAUUUCUCUUUUUAAAUUCUAAGCUUGUUCUUCUUCAAUCCUCUCAACACCUCUUUUCCGAUCACUUCUUUCCAUCCACAAGGUCCUCUCCUUCCUCAUCCUCCAUCCUCAACCCCACCAUGGUAGCCCAUCUCAAGAGCUUCAUUCCAUAGUCGCGGCCAUCACUAUUCACAACAACCCAUGCCUUCCAUUUUCAGCUUUUUCUCCUCCUUCCACCAUAAAAAACCCUUCAUUUCUUCACUCAACACUCCAAAUCCAUCCCUAAACCCAACCCAACCUUGAUUUUUCAAAAUCAAAACCUCAAGCAUAGGUUUCAAAGCCUCAGUUUCUUCAUAAGAAACCCAUUGCCGCUAACUAUGGGAGCUUCAAAAUUCUCCAUUCUCUUCUUGUAAAGCUCCCAUUUCCAAGCUUAACCACCAUAAAAAACCCCUUUCCUACCUCAGGCAGCAUUUCCCACCCUCAAAAACCAAGAAUUUUUGCCAUUUGAAAGCACCACAAUUUCGCAUUUGCACGAGUGAAUAGUGUCUUGUCCGAAAUUCGCACAACACUAUCCACUUGUGCGAAAUUAGCACAACACCUUCCCCUUCUGCGAAAUUCGCACCACCCUUCCCUUGUGCAAAUUUUUGAGCAAAUUCAUCCCUACCCUUCCCAAUCCCAAGCCUCUAAGCCUCAUUUCUUUGCUUCCUCAUGCCUAAGACCCGAGGAGGCUCUACCUCAGCUCCCCAGAGCAGUCAUAGAGCUGCCCCUGUGCAGGCCCCACUAGAUGCACCCCCACAUUUACCUGAUUCUGCCCCCAGCGCAGAUACCAUACGAGGAGAGCAGCUGCCACGCCUGUGGCCCCUGCUUAGAUUCCACCUAGGAGUCCUCCUACAAAGAAGACCAAGACUUCAGAGCCAGGAGAGUCCUCCAGAGCACCUCGAGAUUCACAGUCUCAGCCUCCUCCCACCAGGCGCCCUAUCCUCGCCAGCUCGCCCAUUGAGGGCAACUCCAAUUGCCGAUCGAGAGCAUUCCAUGUCGAGGCAUAUUUUGAUCACUCUGUUUUGCGACAACAGCCUGAGUUGGGGGAUUCAUACCGCCUACUUGAGAGGUACCAUCUUGUACCCUUUAUGACUUCACCACAGUUCUUUUAUCCUCGAGUAGCUUUAGACUUUUACUAGUCUAUGACUACUUGUGGCGUCCCGGUACCCGCCUCGAUCCUUUUUAACAUUAAUGGACGCCAGGGUAUUUUGGGGGCUAGAUAGAUUGCCGAGCUUUCCAUAUCCCUUAUGCACCAGCAAAUAUAACUGUAUUUAAACCCUGGGCCCCACUUUCUGAGUGGGACAUGGUUCGUAUGCUAUCUCGAGGGACAUUUUCAGACAGGAUCAUUAUGAGGAAGGAGCUUCCCCCUGGGAUGCUCCUAGUUGAUGUGGUGCUUUGCGCUAAUCUUUUUCCUCUUCAGCAUAGAGUGCGGAGGCGAGGGACCAUUCUAGAGGCAUUAUUCCGUAUCUCUGAGGGCUACUACUUUGGCCCCUAUCAUUUGAUUAUGGCCGCUCUCCUCCAUUUUGAGGAGAAGGUGCAUAAGAGGCAUCUUACGAGGGCAGACACCAUUCUUUUACUUUUCCCUCGGCUGCUAUGCCAUGUUCUAGCGCAUAUGGGCUUCCCUGCAGACCCUCAUUCUGAGACCCGCUGCCAUUGUCGAGAGAGCUUCUCUCUUGACCAAUGGAAUCAAGUAUUUUUCCAUCAGCAUUCCCCAGAACUUCCUGAGCCAAGGGAAGUUCCUCCACAGCCCUUACCAUCUAUAUCUGCUCCGUCCACUUCAACUCCCUCAGAACCCGUACCAGAGGCAGCAUCGUCUGAUGCCCCACCUACUGUUCCUCCUACCCCAGAGCCGCCCAUUACUAUCCCUGGUGCAGAGUAUCGUGACUUGCUUGCUUCUUUCCAGACUCUGACCACUACUCAGACGGCUAUUAUGGAGCGGAUGGACCACUUCCAGCUUCGGCAGGACCAACAGACUCUCAUUCUCCGUGAGAUUCAGCAACACCUGGGUCUUUUGCCACCAGCUCCACCUGUUGCUCUUGUGCCCUCAGAGCCUUCUGCUCCAGCUGAUGAUGCUACACCUGUAGCGGUACCUUCCACAAUUGCAGCUGAGGACCCCUCCUAUCCACCAGAGGAGCCUACUACUUGA